GUGAGCGUAACACUUAUCGCCGAGCUUUUCAAGAAGUUUGUGCCCGACUUGCGAGCGAACUAUGGAUGGAGAUCAGUUGCCGAUCUCAUGUACAAGGUGGCGGAGGCCCUGAAAUCCUCCGGGGCGGUCUGCGAGGAGCUCGCGUCGAUGUUUUCCAUCACGUCUCUCAACAAUCACCCGGAGAGCCGGGGCACAGUGAGGCUGCAGAGUAGCGACCCCCACGUGCCGCCUCUGGUGGACUUGAACUUCCUGGCUGAGAAGGCAGACGUGGACACAUUGGUUGAGGCCUAUCGCAUGGCUCGAAGUGUUGCAGAACAGCCAUCAAUGAAGCCGUACAUCAACUUCGAUGUGGCUCUUCCGAUGCCGGACCCAUCGAGCCCGGACGAAGAGAUUGCAGAGUUCGUGCGGGCAAAGGCCACCACUACAUGGCACUACUCCUGCACUACACGCAUGGGCCCAAUCGGAGACAAGAGCUGUGUUUGCGAUCCGGCUGGCCGUGUGCAAGGGGUGCAGAGCCUUCGCGUCGCAGAUGCUGGCAUCAUGCCCUUCGUGGUGAGCGGCAACACCAACGCGGCGAGCGUCAUGAUCGGCGAUCGCGUGGGCUAUCUGAUUGCCUCGGACUUCGUGGCAUCCACAAAGGACUUCGAACUUCCUCUGUCCAGCUUUGAACUUUACACUGCGUGGACCGCCUGGCUGUCCACCGGGCUCGACAGGCCGGCCUUUGUCCUGCACUCCGCCCCCUACGGCGUCUCGCAGCUCACCACAGUAAGCCACAGUAUCGGGAACUGCGGCAGAUGGGUGGUGGAAGGGCGAAAUGGGCGCGAGAAGGAGACACGGGAUGGUGGAUGGCACUCCUCGCAGGAGUCAUGGUCGUACAAGGGCAAGGGCAAGACCCAGAGUUACAACCAGCAGCCGGCGAGAUGGAGAGACCAAGAACGCGACAAGAAGUCCAAGUUUCCUACCUUGGACAUGAUGGAGGCUGGCAGCUCUACGGCGAGUCGCUCCCAACCCCGUGCCAGCGACAUGGACGUCGACGAGGAGAACCCCACCACGGGACAGCUGACCAAGGGCGUCCAGAAGCUCUUGAAUACCAUGCGAAGAGCGGAAGGACGCGCCAGAAAGCUCUCCGAGGAGAAGGAAGCCCUGCAGUACAAGUGGGACACCUUCCAGCAAGAGCUGAAGGACAGCUUUAUCAAGGAGCGUGCCAGGUUCAGGGAGAGAUCUGCGAAGAUCAUCGAGGAGAUCGAGGAGGCCAACAGAGCCCAGGAGGAAGCCCUGGCGGACCUACAGAUGACCCUGGACGAGCCCAAGCUGCUCCUCAAGCCCAAGAAGGACAAGGAGAUCGACCAGGAGGCCCUGGACGAGCUGCAGAAGCUCCUCGCGGACAAGGAGGACGACGACCAGGGCUUUGCGGAGGUCCUCAUGGGUGUGAUGAAAGGGGGCGACCGAGACCGCGAAGCAACACGAAAGAGGCUGCUCAAGGCCAUCGAGGACAAGCGCAGGCAAGGCACCGAGCCCCGCACACCAAGCAGGCGUCGUACUACUUAUGCGCCAAGGACACCGCCGGGCAACAAAACUGCGGAGCCAACUCGGGUCGCGCAGGCCCCGGCCUUGGAGAUGGAAGAGGCGGAGCAGGCGGUUCGCGACCCUUACAUCGCGUCUCCGUCCCUGGUGAACACCUUGCCGGCAACAGCGACCACUACGAGGUCACGCUCCAGAAUUUCACAGCGCAUGCCAAUCAAGUCCGUCGGCCGCACCCCCAAGAAGACCGUCCUGAAAGGAAGCCUUUCAGAGAAGCUGGAGGCAAAGCGGGCGGCGAAGGAGGGCAUGGUCGACGUAGACGAGGAAGACUCCGACGAGGAAGUUCCCCUGGAUGCGCUUGGGGGCCGGACAACGGCGGAGCCGCCCCCAAAUGUGGAGUAG